AUGGGGGUCCGCCGUCCCAUCCCGCUCGGGCGCGUGCGCACCUCAAGGUUUGGCGCCCCCUCCUUGGGCAUUGGUGACAGCAGUGGUGAAUUGGCGACCUGCAAAGAUUAUCGCAUCUUGCCGCCGACGGAAGGAUCGGAACGGAAUUGGGCAACAGGAUUUCCGCAGCGGGCAAAGAUUUCAAGAUUAUUGGUUGAUAUGGUCUCAUUCGUCUCUGUCUCGGAGGAAGAAAAUCAAGAUCUUCGAAUCACGUGUGGCUUCCAGAUUAUGAUACAGCGCGUUUGCCGCUGGCAUGAAAAAGACAGAGCGGAGGAGGCUGGACAGUUCUUAGGAAUCCAGCCAGCAUGCGACAGCAGAGUGUCAAAUGCAACCGUCCUGGCAGUGGCAGGCCGGAGGCUUAUUGGCGAAACCGUCAUCAAGAGGCAGAUGCUCUUCAUGGGCCAGCUGGCGCGACGCCCCGACAGUGACCCUGUCGGGCAAUAUGGUUUUCAGCCAGGCGGCAUAGAUCUUCGGCCCCCGCCCUGA